AUGGCCGGCUCGGAGCAGCAGCGGCCGCGGCGGCAGGACGACAGAGACUCGGCCGCGGCGGCGGCGGCGGCGCCCCUGCAGGACGCGGAGCUGGCCCUGGCCGGCAUAAACAUGCUGCUCAACAACGGCUUCAGGGAGUCGGACCAGCUUUUCAAACAAUACAGAAAUCAUAGCCCAUUGAUGAGUUUUGGAGCCAGCUUCGUCAGUUUUUUGAAUGCCAUGAUGACAUUUGAAGAAGAAAAAAUGCAGUUGGCAUGUGAUGACUUAAAAACUACAGAAAAGCUGUGUGAAAGUGAAGAGGCUGGAGUAAUUGAAACCAUCAAGAAUAAAAUUAAGAAGAAUGUCGAUGUCCGAAAAUCCGCCCCCUCCAUGGUUGAUCGGCUUCAGAGGCAGAUAAUCAUAGCUGACUGUCAGGUUUACCUGGCUGUGCUCUCGUUUGUAAAACAAGAAUUGUCAGCCUAUAUAAAAGGUGGGUGGAUCCUUAGGAAAGCCUGGAAGAUUUACAAUAAAUGCUAUCUGGACAUCAAUGCCCUCCAGGAGCUGUAUCAGAAGAAGCUAACUGAAGAGCCCUUGACUUCUGAUGCUGCAAAUGAUAAUCACAUUGUGGCUGAAGGGGUGUCUGAGGAGUCUCUAAACAGACUGAAAGGUGCUGUUAGCUUUGGAUAUGGCCUUUUUCACCUUUGCAUAUCCAUGGUGCCCCCCAACCUGCUCAAAAUCAUCAACCUGCUGGGUUUUCCUGGAGACCGCCUGCAAGGGCUUUCUUCACUGAUGUAUGCAAGCGAAAGUAAGGACAUGAAGGCCCCUUUAGCUACAUUAGCUCUGCUCUGGUAUCAUACUGUGGUCCGCCCAUUUUUUGCCUUGGAUGGCAGUGAUAACAAAGCAGGCCUGGAUGAAGCGAAGGAAAUUCUUCUCAAAAAAGAAGCUGCUUAUCCAAAUUCUUCCCUCUUCAUGUUUUUCAAGGGACGUAUACAACGAUUAGAGUGUCAAAUCAACAGUGCCUUGACUUCUUUCCAUACUGCUUUGGAACUUGCGAUAGAUCAGAGAGAGAUCCAGCAUGUCUGUCUGUAUGAAAUCGGUUGGUGCAGCAUGAUAGAGCUGAAUUUCAAGGAUGCAUUUGAUUCCUUUGAGAGGCUGAAAAAUGAGUCCAGGUGGUCCCAGUGCUAUUACGCCUAUUUAACUGCAGUUUGUCAGGGAGCCACCGGUGACGUGGAUGGGGCGCAGAUAGUGUUUAAAGAAGUUCAGAAGCUCUUCAAAAGGAAAAACAAUCAGAUUGAACAAUUCUCAGUGAAAAAGGCAGAGAGGUUUCGGAAAGUAGCUCCCACCAGAGCGUUGUGUGUACUGGCCUCCAUCGAAGUGUUAUACCUGUGGAAAGCCCUCCCCAACUGCUCCUUCCCCAACCUGCAGAGGAUGAGUCAAGCUUGCCAUGAAGUGGAUGAUUCAUCUGUUGUUGGAUUAAAGUAUUUGCUUCUUGGUGCCAUACACAAAUGUCUGGGAAACUCAGAAGAUGCUGUUCAGUUCUUUCAGCGUGCUGUUAAAGAUGAGUUGUGUCGUCAGAAUAACUUAUACGUCCAGCCAUAUGCUUGCUAUGAACUUGGCUGUCUUCUGUUAGACAAACCGGAGACUGUAGCAAGAGGCAGAACUCUACUUCUUCAAGCAAAGGAGGAUUUCUCUGGCUACGACUUUGAAAACAGAUUGCAUGUCCGCAUCCAUGCUGCUCUGGCCUCUCUGAGGGAACUGGUUCCUCAGUGAUAGACUCGGACUUCCUGUUCUGUCCCUCCCUACCAGGUUCUGCACUUUAAAAUGAAAGCAGAGGACACAGCUCUUCUGGAAGCCCGAAGACCGGCUUUUCUUCUGAAAACCACCUGUGCCAGGGACACAUUUUCCCAGUUAGGCUGACAUAUUAAAGAUCUCCUCUUUUAAACGUAUAGCUAAAAAGUAAUAAUAAUGAGGAUACUAGUAAUUAUAACUAACCACCUGGGGAGAGGGUUAAGUGACCUUGUUCAAACAUUUUAGUUUUGUGAUUUAUUAUUUUUAAAAUAAAAGCAAACUAUUCCACCUGUGAUCUUCUAGGAAUGCCUACCUUAAGCACACAUCCGACUGCAUAUAACACUAGGAGGCACCUGUAAAAUUAUCAACAGUAUUAUGACAUAGCAUUUAUAUUGUGUUUUGAAAAAAAAUAAAAGUGCUUUCUAGUGUUUUAUUUUAUCCUCUAACUUGUGAAUAACAUAGCACAGAUAUUCUUAUUCCCAUUGUCUAGACAAACUCAGGCACAAAAAGGCUAAUUGAUCCUAAUCAAUUAUUCCUGUUAUCAGUGGAGCAGUGAAUAGAACACAGAUCUCUUGACCACAGACAGAAUAUUCUUGUAAAACAAAAUGUGUUAAUAACCCAGAAUUUCAUGUUUUCCUUAUUAAAACACAAAUGCGCUUCGGCUGAA